AGAGAGGAGGGGUUGGCUUCCGGGAUCUGGCGCGGCCUUUUCCUCUGGCUCCUGCGAGGGCUUGGGUUAGAGCUUCAGCUCUCUGCGUCCUCGGCUCCGAGAGGCCUCGGCGAUUCAGCCACAGCUUCUGCCUCCCCUCGCUCUGUGACCUGAGGGUAUUGGAUGAUUUGUAGCUAAGACUCCCGGAUCCCCUGAAGUCGAGAAAUGGAACUCUUAACGUUCAGGGAUGUGGCCAUAGAAUUCUCCCCCGAAGAGUGGAAAUGUCUGGAUCCUGCCCAGCAGAAUUUAUAUAGAGAUGUGAUGUUGGAGAACUACAGAAACCUGGUCUCCCUGGGUUUUGUGAUCUCUAACCCAGACCUGGUCACCUGUCUGGAGCAAAUAAAAGAGCCCUGCAAUUUGAAGAUACAUGAGACAGCAGCCAAACCCCCAGCUAUAUGUUCUCCUUUCAGCCAAGACCUUUCACCAGUGCAGGGGACAGAAGAUUCAUUCCACAGACUAAUACUGAGAAGAUACGAGAAAUGUGGACAUGAGAAUUUACAAUUAAGAAAAGGCUGUAAACGUGCGAAUGAGUGUAAGGUGCAGAAAGGAGUUAAUAAUGGAGUUUACCAAUGCUUGUCAACUACCCAGAGCAAAAUAUUUCAAUGUAAUACAUGUGUUAAAGUUUUUAGUAAAUUUUCAAAUUCAAACAAACAUAAGAUAAGACAUACUGGAGAGAAACCCUUUAAAUGUACAGAAUGUGGCAGAUCAUUUUACAUGUCACACCUAACUCAACAUACAGGACUUCAUGCUGAAGAGAAACCCUACAAAUGUGAAAAAUGUGGCAAAGCCUUUAAUAGGUCCACAUCACUUAGUAAACAUAAGAGAAUUCAUACUGGAGAGAAACCCUACACAUGUGAAGAAUGUGGCAAAGCCUUUAGAAGGUCCACAGUUCUGAAUGAACAUAAGAAAAUUCAUACUGGAGAGAAACCCUACAAAUGUGAAGAAUGUGGCAAAGCCUUUACAAGGUCCACAACACUGAAUGAACACAAGAAAAUUCAUACUGGAGAGAAACCCUACAAAUGUAAAGAAUGUGGCAAAGCCUUUAGGUGGUCCACAAGCCUGAAUGAACAUAAGAAUAUUCAUACUGGAGAGAAACCCUACAAAUGUAAAGAAUGUGGCAAAGCCUUCAGACAGUCCAGGAGCCUGAAUGAACAUAAAAAUAUUCAUACUGGAGAAAAACCCUACACAUGUGAAAAAUGUGGCAAAGCUUUUAACCAAUCCUCAAGUCUUAUUAUACACAGGAGCAUUCAUUCUGAACAAAAACUUUACAAAUGUGAAGAAUGUGGCAAAGCUUUUACUUGGUCCUCAUCCCUUAAUAAACAUAAGAGAAUUCAUACUGGAGAGAAACCUUACACAUGUGAAGAAUGUGGCAAAGCCUUUUAUAGGUCCUCACACCUUGCUAAACAUAAGAGAAUUCAUACUGGAGAGAAACCCUACACAUGUGAAGAAUGCGGCAAAGCUUUUAACCAAUCCUCAACUCUUAUAUUACACAAGAGAAUUCAUUCUGGGCAAAAACCUUACAAAUGUGAAGAAUGUGGCAAAGCCUUUACACGGUCCACAACACUGAAUGAACAUAAGAAAAUUCAUACUGGUGAGAAACCCUACAAAUGUGAAGAAUGUGGCAAAGCUUUCAUAUGGUCCGCAAGCCUGAAUGAGCAUAAAAAUAUUCAUACUGGAGAGAAACCCUAUAAAUGUAAAGAAUGUGGCAAAGCUUUUAACCAGUCCUCAGGCCUUAUUAUACACAGGAGCAUUCAUUCUGAACAAAAACUUUACAAAUGUGAAGAAUGCGGCAAAGCCUUUACUCGGUCCACAGCCCUGAAUGAACAUAAGAAAAUUCAUUCUGGAGAGAAACCCUACAAAUGUAAAGAAUGUGGCAAAUCUUAUAACUUAUCCUCAACCCUUACUAAACAUAAGAGAAUUCAUACUGGAGAGAAACCCUUCACAUGUGAAGAAUGUGGCAAAGCCUUCAAUUGGUCCUCAUCCCUUACUAAACAUAAGAUAAUUCAUAUUGGAGAGAAAUCCUACAAAUGCGAAGAAUGUGGCAAAGCUUUUAAUCGGCCCUCAACCCUUACUGUACACAAGCAAAUUCAUACUGGCAAGGAACAUAGUUGAAUGACAUUUCUAGAAACCUCUAAUUCCAGUGUCUUCAAACAGCAAAUAAAUGGAAGAAUACUGUUCCCAUAUAAACUUGUAUUAUUUUUCUUAUUUUAAAUUUUUUAAAAUUUCUGUAUCUACAUAGUAUGUGUAUGUAUUUAUGGCUUAUUUGGGUUAUUUUGAUACAGGCAUAUGAUAUGUAAUUAUCACAUCAGAGUAAAUGAGUUAUUCUUCUCAAGCAUUUCUUCUUUGUAUUACACACAGUCCAGUUAUACACUUUAAUUUUUUUUUUUUUUUUUUUUGAGACAGCAUCUCACUCUGUCGCCCAGUCUAGAGUGUAAUGGCACAAUCUUGGCUCACUGCAACCUCCGCCUGCCAGGUUCAAGCAAUUCUUCUGCCUCAGCCUCAUGAAUAGCUGUGACUACAGGCACGUGCCACCAUGCCCAGCUAAUUUUUUGUAUGUUCAGUAGAGACAGGGUUUCACAAUGCUGGCCAGGCUGUUCUUGAACUCCUGACCUCAUGAUCCGCCCACCUCGGCCUCCCAAAGUGCUGGGAUUACAGGUGUGAGCCAUCGCACCUGGCCACUUUAAUUAUUUUUAAAUGUACAAUUAUUUUUUUACUACAGGUUAUUUUAUGAUUAUAAGUAUGUGAAUAUAAUUAUAAUUCACAUUUCUAAGUCAUGAAUGCUUUUUAAAAAGUUCCAUAUUUUGAACAUGUAGCAUCUCUCUGCAAAUAAAUGCAGACUUUGGUUUUGAUUUACAU